AAAAGAAGGCCAAUUAGGAAAGGAAAUUAAUUUUAUCCCAUUUAUUGAGUUCCUACCUUGAUCCCAACUAGUGCUUUAGACACAGGAGAUAGGGAUGCAAGCUUUACCCUCGGGGACCUCACUGCUAAGUUAGGGAGACUCCAGUUCCCACAGGGUGAUGCAUCAUAGAACUACAGCAGACAGAGGUGGAGACUGAGGGAGCAGGGAGCCACCAACUUUGCCUGGGAUGGUGUGAGGAAAGCUUCUAGAGAAGGUGAGUUUGACCAGGGUCUUGAGGGAUGAGUAGGAGUUUGCAAGGGAGAGGGGGUUUCCAGAGUUCAUUUUCGGCAGUGGUAAAAGGUGGCUGGGAGGUGGGAAAGAGCAGCAGGUGUGUGGAGAAACUCAUUUGUGGCCCAAUCAUAGAAUACAGGGGUAGAAGACAAGCAGGCAGCUGGACGCAGGGAUGUGUAGGAGGGAUGGCACAUAACUGGAAGGCUCAGGCGCAGAAGAAAUGGGGCUGGUGCCAGCACAGAGUGGAGGGCAAGCCAAGCCUUGGCACAGAGCCAAAGGAAUGGAGGCCCUGGGCAUCGCUAGUCACCAGGGAUGGAUGUCAGCAGGGCUGGGUGUGGGGGAGAUGGGGCGGGAAGGAAGACAGCCAGCGGCGGGGAGAGAAAGUCCAACCUCCGCAGACGCUCCGGGUGGCCGGGCCGACCUCCUAGGCUUAGGCUGGGACGGACACCGACGGAGCGGCCCUUCCGGCCCUGCGCGCCCAGGACUCCCGGAGACAGGCCUGGCCGAGAUGCGGCUGCUGCUGCUCGUGCCUCUGCUGCUGGCCCCUGCACCCGGGUCCUCGGCUCUGAAGGUGAGGCGGCAGAGUGACACCUGGGGCUCCUGGGGCAACUGGAGCCCCUGCAGCCGGACCUGCGGAGGGGGCGUCAGCUUCCGGGAGCGCCCCUGCUACUCCCAGAGGAGAGAUGGGGGCUCCAGCUGCGUGGGCCCCACCCGGAGCCACCACUCUUGCCGGACAGAGAGCUGCCCAGACGGCGCCCACGACUUCCGGGCGGAGCAGUGCUCCGAGUUCGAUGGCCAGGAGUUCCAGGGGCGGCGGUACAAGUGGCUGCCCUACUAUGGGGCCCCAAACAAGUGUGAACUGAACUGCAUUCCCAAGGGGGAGAACUUCUACUAUAAGCACAGGGAGGCUGUCAUAGAUGGGACACCCUGUGAGCCUGGCAAACGGGACAUCUGUGUGGAUGGCAGCUGCCGGGUUCUUCUGGUGAGGUAUAAAGAUGGCCACCAGCAGCUCCAGACAUCAGCUGUCCCAGCCUGGAAACCCCCUGGGACUCCCAGGAAUUCUAGUGACCUGGGGUUGCUUCUGGUUUGUCCUGGCCUGGGCCUCCCCCUGUACGUUUUGUGCAAGGUAUACAACCCACUGAUUGACCCAACCCCUAUGCUGGGAGCUGUAUCCAAACUCAGUAGGAGAGGUGGCUUCCAAAGGGAAAUGACGUGUUGUUGCCAGAGAAGGGGACAUGGAUGCCAAGCAGGCGGAAGAGGUGGAUUGAUUGUCAGUCACCAUUUACUUGCCCCCAUGGCUAGUAAAUGGUUACUGCUCUUCCCAGACCUGGCCGGGCCACCUGGAUUCAAGUCCCAGGGUGACCAUGACUUCCUCUGGUCUUUCCUGUCUCCCCUCAUCUCUACCUGGCAGGUUGUCGGCUGUGACCACAACCUGGACUCAUCAAAGCAGGAGGACAAGUGUCUGCAGUGUGGGGGUGACGGCACAACCUGCUACCCCAUCACAGGCGUCUUUGAUGCCAAUGACCUCAGCAGAGGCUACAACCAGAUCCUCAUAGUUCCUGUGGGGGCCACCAGCAUCCACAUCGAGGAGGUGGCCGCCAGCAGGAAUUUCCUGGCGGUGAAGAGCGUCCAUGGUGAAUACUACCUCAAUGGGCACUGGACGAUCGAGGGCGCCCGGGCCCUGCCCGUGGCCAGCACCAUCCUGCACUAUGAGCGGGGAGCCGAGGGCGACCUGGCGCCCGAGCGGCUCCAUGCCCGCGGCCCCACCUCAGAGCCCCUGGUCAUUGAGCUCAUCAGCCAGGAGCCCAACCCCGGCGUGCGCUUCGAGUACCACCUGCCCCUGAGCUCCCCCCGGCCCGGCUUCAGCUGGAGCCACAGCUCGUGGGGCGACUGCAGCGCUGAGUGUGGCGGAGGUCACCAGACACGCCUGGUCUUCUGCUCCGUCGACAAUGAGGCCUACCCCGACCACAUGUGCCAGCACCAGCUGCGGCCGGCUGACCGCCGGCCCUGCAACCCUCAUCCCUGUCCACACACCAAGCGCUGGAAGACAGGGCCCUGGGCGCCCUGCUCAGCCUCCUGUGGGGGCGGCUCCCAGUCUCGCUCCGUCUACUGCGUCUCAUCCGACGGGGCUGGCGUCCAGGAGGCUGCCGAGGACACCGAGUGUGCGGGCCUGCCUGGGAAGCCCCCCACCACGCAGGCUUGCAACCUGCAGCGCUGUGCAUCCUGGAGUGUGGAGCCCUGGGGGGAGUGCUCUGUCAGCUGCGGUGCCGGAGUCCGGAGGCGGAGCAUCACUUGCCGGGGUGACGAGGGGUCUCUGCUUCAUGCCACGGCGUGCUCCUUGGAGGACCGUCCCCCCCUUAGUGAGCCCUGUGUGCACGACGACUGUCCCCUCCUCACCAACCAGGCCUGGCACAUAGGCGCCUGGGGUCUAUGCUCCAAGAGCUGCAGCUCAGGCACUCGGAGGCGCCAGGUCGUCUGUGCCAUUGGGCCACCCGGCCACUGUGAGAGCCUGCUGCCGUCGAAGCCUGCAGAUGCGGAGCCCUGUAACACGCAGCCCUGCCAUCUUCCUCCAGAAGUCCCCAGCACACAGGAUGUGCGCACCAGCCCCAGGAACCCCUGGAUGCCUUUGGGCCCUCGGAAGACCCCUGCCUCAGAUUCCAGAGACCAGUGGUGGGCACCCCAGGAGCAACCCUCAAUUCAGGGUAACCCCAGAGGAGACCAGAGCCCCCAUCUGCCAGCCCUGGGCCCAGCCCUGUCUCCGCAGCAGUCCUCACACCAGCAGACCCUGCGGUCUGGCUCAGGGCCCCGUGACUGCAGACACAGCCCCUAUGGGUGCUGCCCUGAUGGCCACACUGCAUCUCUUGGGCCACAGUGGCAAGGCUGCCUGGGGGCCUCAUGUCAGCAGAGCAGGUUUGGGUGCUGCUCUGACGGCGUGUCUGUGGCUGAGGGGCCCCAUCAAGCUGGCUGUGCAAGGUCUUAUGGAGGUGACAACACCGGGAGCAGGCCAAGGUCGAGAGCGGUGGCUUCCAUAGCUCCCCAGGCCCAGCAGAAUGAGCCCAGUGAAUGCCGGGGCUCCCGGUUCGGCUGUUGCUAUGACAACGUGGCCUCUGCGGCCGGCCCUCUUGGGGAAGGCUGUGUGGGCCAGCCCAGCUAUGCAUACCCUGUGCGGUGCCUGCUGCCCAGUGCCCACGGCUCCUGCACCGACUGGGCUGCCCGCUGGUACUUCAUCGCCUCCGUGGGCCAGUGUAACCGCUUCUGGUACGGCGGCUGCCACGGAAACGCCAAUAACUUUGCCUCGGAGGAGGAGUGUGUGAACAGCUGUCGGGGGGGCCAACACGGGCCCCGCCGACCUGAGCCUGGGACCUCUGGCCAGAGCACACACACAGAUGGUGACGGCAGUGGUCCUAGGGGCCAGCAGGAGGCCAGCCGACAUGGGACGGGGCCCAUGGUCCAGAGAAAGCCCUUGCCUUCUGGUGGCCUCUGGUGGCACGACCAAGAGCCUGGGCCAGGGGCAGUGGACCGCAGACAGGCUUUUGGAGAACAGCCCCGGGGCCAGGAGCUUGGGCCCAGUGCCCCUGGACUGAGCAGAGACGCAGGCCGACCGGCACCAUCCUCCCACAGCUCCUCCUACAGGAUUACCCUAUUGGGCUUGGAGCCCUCCCUGGUGCAGGCAGCCCUAGGGCAGUUGGUGCGGCUCUUCUGCCCAGAUGACACCUCCUUGGACCCUCAUGCCGGGUGGCAGAAGGAUGGACAGCCCAUCUCCUCUGACAGGCACAAGCUGCAGCCUGAUGGCUCCCUGGUCAUCAGUCCCCUGCGGGCAGAGGAUGCUGGCACCUACAGCUGUGGCAGCACCAGGCCAGACCACGACUCUCAGAAGAUCCAGCUUCGAAUCACAGGGGGUGAUGUGGCCGUGCUAUCUGAGGCUGAGGCAAGGCACUUCCCUCAGACCAGGGACCCAGCCCAGGGCUACAGUCCUCGGGACCCCAGCAGAGGUGGGGAUGCUGGGGGCCUUGGGGCCACCUCCUCCUCGCACCCAUGGCCCACGACCAGGCUGCGUCUGGACCAGAGCCAGCCUAGGGUGGUGGUCGCCCAUCCAGGCCAGAGGAUCCGGCUGACCUGUCGCGCUGAGGGCUUCCCACCCCCAGCCAUUGAGUGGCAGAGAGACAGGCAGCCACUCUCUUCUCCCAGACACCAGCUGCAGCCUGAUGGCUCUCUGGUCAUCAGCCGCGUGGCUGUGGAAGAUGGCGGCUUCUACACUUGUGUUGCUUUCAACGGGCAGGACCGAGAUGAGCAUUGGGUCCAGCUCAGGGUUCUGGGGGAGCUGACAAUCACAGGGCUGCCCUCUACUAUGACGGUGCCAGAAGGUGACACGGCCAGGCUGCUGUGUGUGGUCACAGGAGAAAGUGUGAACAUCAGAUGGUCCAGGAACGGGCUGCCGGUGCGGGCUGAUGGCCACCGUGUCCACCAGUCCCCGGACGGCACGCUGCUGAUCUACAACCUGCGGGCCAGGGACGAGGGCUCCUACACGUGCAGCGCCUACCGUGGAAGCCAGGCAGUCAGCCGCGUCACUGAGGUGAAGGUGGUCCCAUCGGCGCGGGCCGCCCAGCCGAGGGACCCCAGCAGGGAGUGCAUCGACCAGCCGGAGCUGGCCAACUGUGACCUGAUCCUGCAGGCCCAGCUCUGCGGCAACGAGUACUACUCCAGCUUCUGCUGUGCCAGCUGUUCCCGGGUCCAGCCUCACGCUCAGCCCAUCUGGCAGCAAGGAUGAAGGCGAGCUCCAGCCCCAGUUCGGAAACACUCACAGAGCUGGGGAGAAGGGAAGACAGGCUCUCGGUCUCCCCUCCCUGGCUGGCAAAGAGAGUUAUCCUCUGGAGACACUGGUCUGUGCAAAGCUGCCCCAGCUAUUCAGCCUCAGCAGCGGUCAGCACCUGCCUCUCUGUGGUCCCAGCUGUGUUUGCAUCUCUGACAGAACCACAGGUGGCUGCGGAGUUGUCAAGGACCUAUUUGAAUAAGGACACCCUUUACUUUACAACUUCCCUUUAUAAUUUGUUAUACAAGAUCCAUUCACUGUGUUUUAAAGCAUGUUACUAGGGUUCUCACUUCACUUAAAGCCGGGUGGGGAGGUGUGUAACGAUUUCAGAGUUUAUACCCAUCUCUAACAGGAACACUAACUCCUUUUGUGUCAGGGAAGCAUUUUUUGCUCGAACUAGAUCUCACCUGGGGUCCAAACAAUGGCCCAUUAUUCGAGUCUCUCUCACCCUUCCAGGCAGUCUAGCAACCAGCUUCAAACCCCAUCUGUGUGUGCAAUUAACAACGUGACGUUCAUGACAGCUCUCAGCAAAGUGGAAUGUAAUAUAAGGCUCAGUAAAGGGAUAUGGGAUGCGUCGGUAUCUGAGCAUGAAAGAACUAGAAACGCUCCCUCCUUUCAGCGGGAGGUGGCGCCCUCCUCCUGAGGACUGCCUCCCACCUGCAUGGAGCUGACUGAUGGGCCUGCUCUGCGCAGUGGCCAGCGAGGAGGAGCCGCUCUGCCUCAAGCAGGAAUCUGUGAAGCAAAGUAUUUGCUGCCAGAUAAAAACCAGAUUAUUAAAAGCAGCACCAGCAGGGGCUCGGGGGGAGGGAACGAAUGGAGGGGAGGGCAAUGUGGUAAGAGGGAAGUGGAUUCAGAAAUGGUUUGAGUUGGAAGUAGUCAUUCUCCAUCUCUCAGAGCCUCUUCCUUCCUUGCUGCUAAAACAAGAGGCCUGGUUUCAGUGAGCUUCCAAGUUCCUUUCCAUUCUGACCUUCUAGAAACCCUCCAGAGGACUGGCUGGGCCUAGUAACAGGAGAUUCUGGGACACAGGAAAGACAGGCAUUACAGAAGAAGGUGACUUUUAUUACCAACACACUGGCUGGGAAAGAGACAAGCUGCAUCAUGGGUGAGUGAUACUUCGUGGUCUGCCUCUCAUUCCACAAAACAUGGGCCAGGGGCAGAGGUCUGCUUUUCUUUCCAUCCCCUUUCAUUCCCCAUGGCUGGUUUUGCUAUAGAAGUUGGAAAGUAGAGGCCACUUUCUUACAGUCCCCCAUUCUCUAGUUAAAGUAAUAUUUGGCUAAUUGAUGACACACCUCAGAAGGUAAGUUUGAAGUUAGCUCUUCUUAGAAGUAGGCACAGAAUAGUGGGUUGAAGUUAGAGGUGAGAGUAAAAAUCUAGACCAGUGGUUUUCAACCCUCUUCCAUACUGGGGGCUUUUUUAAAAAAAAAAAACCGCACCUGGAGCUUUACUCCCCUGAGGUUUUGCUUUAAUUGGUCUGGAGUACAGGCCAGGCACGUUGAUUGAUUUUAAAAGCUCCCAGAUGAUUCUAACGUGAAUCCAAAGUUGAAAAGUCACUGCUCACCCCAGACUCCUCAGAAUGUGGAUCUUGUUCAAACGCAGAUUCUGACGACCAGGUCUGGGGUGGGGCUGAGGGUCUGUACCUCUAACCACCUGCCAGGUGAAGUCCACCCUGCUGUUCCAGACCACACUUUGAACAGCAAGAAUCUGACAGGAGAGAUGUGCUUUGGAACAACCAAAGCCUAAAGUAUAAAUACAAAUAUGAAUUUUAAGAACAUACUAGUCCCAGUAAAAGAUUCUCUAGCCAUCAGACUAGAGCGCUGCAGCAGCAGUGGGUGGAGAGAGAACACGGCCAAAAAAAAAACCCAACUCACCGGCUAAUAAAGAAAAGGGGAAAGAACAGCCCUUCAUGGCCAAAAGCUUCUACCACGAACAUUUAUUUUUGUUAAAGCAGAUUAUAAAUUCUCAUCAGUACAAAUAUAUAUAACUUACAUUUGAUUGUAAGGCCAACGUUCAAAAGUAAAAAUGAGAUGCGAUCUCAUGUUACGAGAGGUCAAGUGGCUGCAGCUGGCAAUGGGAUGUUCUGCUCACCACGGGGAGAGGGAUGAACAGGAACACACAGCGCUAAUAAAACCAGACUCUCCAUCCCCACGAAACUCGUGGGAACAAAACUUAAGGACAAAACAAAACCCAAGACCUACAUGACAAACCAACACAGUAAUAACCUGCGUUCCCGUCUACAGAUGUGAUUAUGUCACUGUCACCUUAGUGUUAAAGGAAUAACAUAAGGAAACUGUAGCAAUAUAUAAAAGAAGAAAAUAUUCUCUACAGAGCAUAUUUAGAUUGAGUCCAUUAACAUAAUGACAUUAGAAUUUCAUUAGAGGUUUAAAACCAGGACAAUACUGCUCGCUCUUUAUUUAAAACUACAACCUAGUGACUGUUGGUCAUAAGCAUGAUUGUUGUUGCAAUGUGCUACUUACAGUGAAUGAUACCAAGUAAGCUAGGGAUCCCGCCUGCAACUUCCAGCCCCUCCUCUUUUUACUUCAAUAGGCAUCAAUGAUAAAUCAAUCUUAUGUACAAUUUCUUACAGCUAGCCUUUUUACCUUUGGCAAGAUUACUUACAACUCAUACAACUUUUUAAUGUUGAGAACUAUUUAAAAUAUUCUAAAUGCAUAAAAAUAAAGAUUUUGGCUUUUUUUGAUA